AGGCACGCAUUAAUUGUUAUGAAAGCAAGUUUGAACUUCUCAUUAUGAUGCCGUACGGUGCUGACUCGUAAUUGGGAAGUGUAAAAUCUUAAUGAAGAAAGAGGUGCCCUUAGGAUCAAGUUGUGUAGAUCUUAUACAACCUAUAUUCAUCCCAGUAAUGGGUUUCAACAGCUACUCAAAUUUGUUCUUUAUUUUGUUGAUGCUGUGUUGUUAUUUGUUAGAAGUUGGGGUUGCCUUAGACACCAUCACAUCAUCUCAUUUCAUGAAGGACCCAGAAACUCUAAUUUCCAAAGAUGGUAACUUCACAUUGGGAUUCUUCAGCCCAGAAAAUUCUACAAAUCGCUACGUUGGAAUUUGGUGGAAGUCUCAAUCCACAGUCAUAUGGGUUGCUAACAGAAACCAGCCAUUGAAUGGUUCUUCUGGGGUUGUUGCAAUAUCUGAAGAUGGCAAUCUUGUGGUAUUGAAUGGACAAAACCGAGUUAUUUGGUCAUCAAAUGUGUCAACUACAACAUCCAACACUAGUUCCCAGUUUUCAGACAACGGAAAACUUGUUCUCAUGGAAAGCACUAAAGGAAUCAUAUUAUGGGAUAGUUUUCAGCAACCUUCAGAUACAAUACUCCCUGGUAUGAAAUUAUCAUGUAACAAAAGAACGGGUGAGAAAGUAAAAAUUACAUCAUGGAAAAGCCCUUCUAAUCCAUCCAUCGGGAGCUUCUAUUAUAGUAUUGAACGCCUAAAUCUUCCCGAAAUAUUCAUUUGGAAUGAAAGUAGACCAUACUGGCGCAGUGGUCCAUGGAAUGGUGGAGUCUUUAUAGGGGUACAGUGGAUGGUGACAAGUGCAUAUAUUACUAGUUUUCGUGGUGGAGAUGAUGGGAAAGAAAAUAUUGAAUUCUAUUACACAAUUCCAAAUGAAUUACUUUUUUAUAUCUAUAGCCUGAAUUCACAAGGCCAAACUCAAUUAAAAUAUUGGAAUGAUGAGACCAAAGAAAUGCAAGUUAGGUGGACUAGUCUCCAAUCUGAAUGUGAUGUUUAUGGUGUAUGUGGUGCAUUUGCAAAUUGUGAUUCAAAGAGCUCACCAAUAUGCAGCUGUUUGAAAGGGUUUGAACCAAGGAACAAAUGGGAAUGGAAUAGACAAAACUGGACUAGUGGAUGUGUUAGGAGGACUCCUUUGCAGUGUGAAAGGGUCAAAGAUCAAAACACUAGUGUAGAUAGAAAGGAAGAUGGUUUUUGGAAACUGCAAAUGGUUAAAGUUCCAGAUUUUGCAGAAGGAUCAACUGUUACACAAGAUAUAUGCAGAAGCCAGUGCUUGGAGAAUUGCUCUUGCGUUGCGUAUUCUCACGAUGCAGCCAUUGGCUGUAUGUCUUGGACUGGGAAUCUACUUGACAUUCAGCAUUUCUAUGAUGGAGGUGUUGAUCUAUAUGUUCGUCUAGCUCAUACAGAAUUUGAUAUGUUAGAUAAAGGAACAAAUAAAACAAUCAUCAUCAUUACAAUUACAGUGAUAUUAGGAACUAUCAUAAUUGUUACUUGUGUAUAUGUCAUGUGGAGGACUUCUAAUCAGCCAGGAAGGGGAAAGAAGAACAAAGCUUUCAUGCUGUGUAACAAAGUUGAAAUAUCAGAUGGCCUUACAAGCAACAACGUUAUUGGAGAAAUAUCACAAGUUAAACUCCAGGAGCUAUUACUAUUCAAUUUGGAAAAGCUUGUAGUGGCCACAAAUAACUUCCACUCAUCCAACAAACUAGGGCAGGGUGGUUUUGGUCCGGUCUACAAGGGGAAACUGCAAGAUGGUCAGGAAAUAGCUGUUAAAAGACUUUCUAGAGAAUCUGGACAAGGGCUACAAGAAUUCAUGAAUGAAGUAGGCGUGAUUUCCAAGCUUCAACACCGAAAUCUUGUAAGACUUCUUGGCUGCUGUAUUGACGGCGACGAAAAGAUGUUGAUAUAUGAGUACAUGCCAAACAAAAGUUUGGAUGCUUUUGUCUUUGACCCAUCAAAAAAUGAACUCCUAGAUUGGAAGAAGCGCUUUAGGAUAAUAGAAGGAAUUGCUCGAGGAAUGCUUUAUCUUCACAGAGAUUCCAGACUAAAAAUUGUUCACAGAGAUUUGAAGGCAAGCAAUAUUUUGUUAGAUGAAGAGCUGAAUCCAAAAAUAUCGGACUUUGGUAUGGCUAGAAUCUUUGGAGGGACUGAAGACCAGGCCAAUACAAACAGGGUUGUUGGAACUUAUGGCUAUAUGUCCCCUGAGUAUGCAAUGCAAGGAUUGUUUUCAGAAAAAUCAGAUGUCUUUAGCUUUGGUGUUUUGAUACUAGAGAUUGUUAGUGGGAAACGAAACUCAAGCUUUUAUGACAAUGAACAUGCUCACCUUUUAGGAUUUGCAUGGAUACAAUGGAGGGAAGGAAAUAUUUUGUCUUUAAUAGAUACAGGGAUAUAUGAUCCUAGUCAUCAUAACCAUAUUUUAAGGUGCAUACACAUAGGACUUCUAUGUGUACAAGAACAUGCUGUAGACAGGCCUACUAUGGCUGUUGUAAUUUCUAUGCUUAACAGUGAGAUUGCAUAUCUUCCUCCUCCAAGUCAACCUGCAUUCAUCCUGAGGCAGAAUAUGUUGAGUUCAGAGUCAUCUAAAGAAAGUCAUCAACUCUGCUCCAUCAAUACUGUUAGUAUUACAGACAUGAAUGGUAGAUAGCAAACUGAGAGCACUAAAACUGGAUUUUGAAGACAGUGCAAAUGAGGCAAAUACUAGACAUUCUGUCAGAGCACUGAAAAUUUGUUCCCUUAUUUGACGAAGUACAUUGUAGCAAACUUAGAGAACUGAGCAAUAACUUAAGCACCACAGUUUAUAAUUUAAUGAUUUUACAUCUCCAGAAUAUACCUUGAUGUGGUUGUUUAAACAGAACUCUGAAAUAUUCUCUGUUUUGCUGAUUGAUGUAUGGUUUGG